AUGGGUAAUCCUCAAACUUCCCUCGCUGUUGAAGCCAUCUCCUCAGUUCUGCACAACAUGGCACCUUGCCAUGACGUCUCUUCCAUAACCCCCAAGGCAGUACUGUUUGCAGGCGAACCAGGUGACACAACAUCGCAAAUCCAGCGCCAAAAAGACGAAUCCUGUGGCGUCUAUGUUGAUGAGGGUGCUUGUGUCGAGGAAGGAACUAUGACAGCGCUCGAACCCAAGCAUAAGCGCAGACGCCCAAAGAGCAAGCGAGGAGCCGACAAACCCACCGGCUUUGAGGAUUACUAUGCCGAUGGACCUAUGACUCCAGUGGAAUAUGAGGAAAUCCGGAAGCUCUACGAUCCGCGGAUCGAAGAGGCCCUUACCCGAUACCAAUGGAAGCGCCGAAUGGAGAAUGAAAGAAGGGCCAUUUUCUUCAAAUACCUCCAGUAUGGGGGCAUCGAUGCCAGUCAAAACAGCGGGACUGGCGUAUCCCCCAAAGAACUGAAGCAGAUGUCCACUGACGAUGCCCGACAAGCCCGGAGUCAGACCAUGAUUCCACUAGAGAGACGAAAGCUGAGAGUCAGUUUUGAAGAGGUCGCUCGUGGCUUUUGGAGCUCUUACUAUUGUAACCACUACAACCCCGACAACCAAGAGAGUAUCAAGAUGGCAACAGUGACCAUCCACAACUUCUUGACAUACCUUCUCUAUCAUGAUGUAUGUCACGAAUAUAGUGACGACAUCGACAGAGCCCGGCGAAUCUGUGACCUGGCCUUUGUGGAGCUGUGGAAAAACGUUCAACUGGUCCAACAAGGACCAGGAAGUUUCAACCAAGGCUACUCGAUGCUGUUUGGCGGUCGAUACUUUGGCAGUGGUCAUGAUGUACACACUGACUGGGUUCCCGCUCAGGUCAGUCCAACCGGGCGUCUCACGGUCAACGUUGCUCGCAAGGUAGUCAAAUUCGCCAUUGCAAGCCUGGGCACCCAUGAACAGGCGACUCGCUUUCAAAAUCUCGCGACCCAGGAUCAACUCUCGGCUCAUCGGGUUCCGGACAUCGAUGGAUUUGAGAUUAUUUCCGUGCAUGAGCCUGGCAGUGAUGUGCGUGAUUUCUAUCGCGAGUUCGCACCAGAUCUACCCGUCGUGGGCACAAUCCGUGCGAAAUCCUUCAGAAACGCGGCCAAACCGGAACUGGACAUGAGCGCAGAGGAGCAUCACGCGUGGCGAGCAGGCAAGGCUCCCAGUUACGAAUUUGAUUUUUGUCUCGAGAAGGAUCUUCUGCGACAUUGCUAUCCGGGCCAGAGAGUCUCUUCGGAUGUUUGGCAGAUCAAUUGCGGAGUGUACUAUUUUGAUGAGGUGAUUUCGGCCUAUCCAUCCUUCCACCUGGUGUUGGCAAAUGACCUGAUGCUGCACUGGAAGACACCUCGUGAGGUCGAAGAUACGUCGUCUCAGCGUGCAGAAGACCCGGGUGAAAAUGGGCAUCCGUCGGGGCAAGAGAAAGUGGUACAAAUGGUGCAGAAAGAUGGCGACCAGGACGAAAGUUUAGCGGGACUUAUUGGUGCGAUCGACGCCGAUAUGAGUGCUGUUUCUUUGAACAAAGGGGCCCCUUUUUGA